AUGUUGUACAUAUCUAUAGCCAGAUGAUCAACUUACAUGUACUAAAAUAAUUAUAUGUUUGUUUUAGGGUUUAGUGCAUUCGUUUCAAACCGAUCCCAAUGUACGCAUUGCAGCCUUGUCCAUCGAAGCAGCUUCAUUUGGCCUCACUCUCACAGCAGCUCAUCAUGUGGUUUUUGCCGAGCUUCACCACACCCCUGGAGUCAUUAUCCAGGCAGAAGACAGAGCUCACAGGAUUGGUCAGACGCUACCUGUUAAUGUUCAUUAUUUGAUUGCACGAGGUACCGUCGAUGAGAUACUUUGGUCCAUGAUCAGGCGCAAGGUGUAUGUGACCAGCAGCACUCUUGAUGGCAAGUGUGAAGAGCUUCAGGUCGAGGACGGAGAUCAAGACCAGAGCCGACAACUGUCUGCGUGUGCUGCUUGGGUACAAGAUCAGGAAGAGGAUGCUGAUGACCUAGAGGAUUUUGUAAUGGAGCAGCUCUCUUCAAAGACUCUUAAGAAAGAUCAGAAUCAAAGAGACCUGCGAUCAUUUUUCGUUGCAACACCAAGUUCUUCUCAGCCAAACUCUGCGGAACGCAAUAUUGGAUAUCAACAUGGAGACAACUCUAGAAAGAAAAGUGUAGAGCAGGGUGGAGCCAUGAACUCCAAGGAGAAGCUGAUAACUGUGGAAGACAGUGAUGAAGAUGAUAUCUCGGCCUGGGAUGAAUUGGACGACGACAUCCUGAUUUCAGAAGCGUUUGAGCCCGUCCCUGAGGAAAAUACACAUGGUAAACACAAAGAAGUAUGUGUGCAGAAUCCUCAAAAUGAUGUCAAAGAGAGUCUUAAUGAUGCAAGCAAACCUGAUCAGCCUUUAGAGCAAGCUACUGAAGAAGAACAUUGUCCACUUAAGCCGAAAAUGCUUAAGUUCAAGAAAGUGAAAGAUGGCAAGCUUUCUUUCACCGGUAGCAAAAGUUACACUAAACUUCAUCAGAAGGAAAGUAAAUGUGUACAUAUAAGUCCUUUGAAAUUUGUUGGAAAUGAUCCUGAUUCGGAAUCACAGACUCUACAAGGUUAUUUGGAUGAAGAAUGCGAGCCAGCAAUUGUCAAAAGAGAACAGGUAGAUGAUUCUAGUGUAGUUGGCGGCGGUGGAGGUGAUUCUGGACAAAAGGAGCGUGGGUUUCUGGCGUCCUUACAAGAAGCUGAUAUAGAAUGUGUUGCCGUGGUUUGUAAAAGGACGUCGAACAUAAUGCAAAACGGAUGCCAAGUGUCAGAUGAUAGUGCUUGUGAAAGUGUGAAGCAAGAGGUAAAAGAUGGAAUUGAUGACAGACAAAAGAUACGACGAGACUGUAAGGAAGAUGAGGAUUUAAAUGAAGCUAAAGCUGAUAUCUUUGACACACCAAGGAAGACCUUAGAAAAUGUGAGCCCCAUCAUGUUAGCCGAUUCACGUUGUAAGCGCGAGGGAGAACAAAAACAGACCUCUCCUCUGAAAUCGUAUUUAGACAAGAGUCAAUAUUCGGAAGAAAGCUGCGAUCAAAUUGAAACAGAUUCUAUUAGUGAAGUGGAGAAUUCCGAUCCAAGCUAUGGCCGAAACGAAGAAGGUUUCAAGAGGGAGAAUUGCACUGAAGCUGGUGGCUUAAACCAGGGUGAGUUUGUUGGUGAAAACAAAGGUGAUUUGGAACCAAUGAGCGUGUUCAACAAUGCCAGUGGUGGAAGUGUUUCCCAUGAAAUUAAAUUUGCUCAUGUGGACGGAAUAGCAAACCUGGAUAAAAACGAUAACAGCCCAAGUAGCAAUAGUGCAGAAGAUGGAAGAGAACAAAGUUGUUGUAAUACGCAAUCACUGGAAGAAAACGUACUAGGAAGUAGUACUGUUGAUAAUUCUUCAUUUGCAGCAAAGUGCUGGUUGCAGAAUGAUACUUGCAAGGAAAACGUACCCAGCAAAACAAACGCACCAAAUUCUAGUUGUAUUGAUGAGGAUUCUUCCGAUGAUUUUCAAGCUUCAAGUAUCAGAAAUUCCCAGAAGGCGUCUACUGCAUGCAUUGCACGGAAAUCAAGCAAGACCAAAAAGCGAAAGGGCACUAAGAGAUCUAAGUACAAAACUGUAACUCGAGACGUUAGGAAUCAUAACAAUUAUCAGAAGCUGCCUCCUGAAUGGCCUUGUAGCGUGUGCACUUUUAUUAAUGAUGGGCAGCUGUUGGAAUGCUCAGUCUGUCUCACACCGCGUGUUGUUAACGAGGAGAGCUCAACCACACCCAACAGUAAAGAUUUGGGUUCUAAAAUAUCGAAUAGACAAAGUUGCGACAAUCUGGAAAUGGUGGAAACUGCAGUGGUUUCGAAAAGUGUCAAUUCUGCUAGUAACAAUUGUGGGCAAAAUGGUUUGGUAGCUAAGCACGACAUGACAUUGGAAGGUAUAAACGAUGGGUCUACACAACAGACAGCUGGCGAUGAAGAUAGAAAAUCAUUGGUAUUACUGCAUAGCACACUGAUCCGUGACGCGUUGGUUGAUUCAGAGGAAGUAUCGACAGACGCGCCAAAGGCAAGACACAACUCUGCUACUCUGGAAGAGGCAAUGGCUGUAGAUGGUUCUGACAAGGGACAGAUCGCUGAGCCUGGCUUGCCUCCUUGGUCGUGCUCAGCCUGUACGUUUUUGAACUUGUCACAAAUGAUUGAGUGCUCCAUAUGUCUUAUUCCAAGAAGACGGAGUCAGAGGCUGAGUGCAAGUAAGAACGCACAUGAAGUAGAGAGGGAGGAGAAGGAUUGCUUGAAGACCAAAGCAAGUAAGAGAAGACGAUGGCACAGAAACAGGGUGAAUAAGGACAAAAACGGACAAGAAAUGGACGUCGACCCUGUCAGCUGUUCCGUUACUGGUAUCGAUGAGUCCAGAGGCGUCAAUAGCAUGCAUGUAACUUACGAUGACGAGGACACUUCAGUAGCGGAUGCUGAAGGCUUCACUCCAGAACCAGUGGAAUUAUCCCAUGAUGCAGAUAGUAGACAAAGAGACGGUGGUCUGGAAGUAGGCCCAAGUCAGGAUGGUUCCGGCGUGAUCAAGUCUAAGCCACGGAAAAGGCUAAAACUUGAGGAGGUUCGAGGGGACAUUGACAUGUCUGAUGAAAUUGAUGAUUUUUCUGAUGACUCAGAUAGCUUAUGUCAGAACAGAGCAUUGUCAUGUCACUCAAUAGUUUCGUCCAGUACUGAUCAGAAAGAGGCGGCACACUGUACACCUGUCGAUAAAGACGCAACUAGUUCAGAAGAUUGUUUUCCUUCUAUAGACGAUGAUAAAGUAGAACUUAAACCUCGUCAGAAAAGUGAAAGCUGUCUAAUUGGUCUCGAGGUGUACUCUGAUAAGCCUGACGUCUCAGCUCACUCCGUUGGAGCGACUGGCAGCUGUGAAGAGAAUUUAGCGGUCUCCGCCACGGAAGUGGCUAUUAGUGACAAUUCGUUGCCAUGCCUACAGUCUGACAGCAAAGUGGAGGAAAAUCUUGAAGAGCUGAAAGCUGCAGCGGAAGAAUUAUUCCUGUCUGAAUGGGAAGAUGACGAUUCUUGGUGGGAGAGUGACAGUUGUUCAGGACAAAGUUCUUUGCCUUCCAGCAGUGAAACCGCAUCUAGAAGUCCAGCAGUCACGAGUCCACUGUUCACAAAGUGCUCGGAUCUUUAUAGUGUUACCGAGUUAAAGAAAAAGCUGCAAACAACUCCUGAACAACCGAAGACCUGCACAACAGCUGCUGCAGAUAAUGUUCAGCAGUUUGAACGUACUUGCAAUCUCGAUAGCAAGAUGCCAUCGUCGCCAGUUACUACAGGUAAUUUUACGCCUGAACCUGCAGCAGUAUUGGAGGAAGAAGAAGAGUCAGAUGAACUAGAUGAUGUCCCUGAAGCAAUGAAGUUAAAGUUUUGCUUGAGUCUCUACACGGAGCGUGUGUAUUUGUACGACGAGGACGACAAACCGCUUGGAAUAAACUUUUGUAUGUCGGAUGUGAAAAGCUGCAACAUGGACGAUUUGCCGGCCUUGUUACGCCACGAUUACAAUUUCAAGCAGGCGAAAAGCUUGCUUGAGGCGUGGAAGAGGAUGGGUGAAGGAAAGAAGCGCAUCCUCCGAAAGUCGGCGCUGAUAUUUGAUAAUCCUCUGGAGGCUUACGAAUGCGCAAGAAAGGGUAUAACCAGAGAAUCAAGUUAUGUGCGACAUCCAUCAAAGGAAACUCAAAUUCAAAAUGUCAUCGAUACUGCGGAAGAAAUUGGAGGAAAGGUUCGUGUAGUUAAGAAACCGCGGAUUACAGGAAACAAAAGAAAAAGAAAAACUGAUUGCACCAGNAAAAUUAAAAAUAAAUAUAAAAUAAAAUAA